AUGGAAACACUAGUUAACGAAAAUAAUAUUAAUACAAAAAGCGAAGAUGGUAAUGAACAUAGUGAAAAAUUAGCAGAAUAUUCAAAUAAUGCUAAAGGGGGGGAAAAUGAACUAAUAUAUGAAAAAAAAGAUGAAAUAUAUAUGAAUUAUAUUGAACAAGAUAAGUUAGAUGUACCAUCAUUAGUAGAAAUAUGUAAACAACAAUUAAUAGUUAUCUUAAAGGAUAUGUGUACUGAUUCAAAUAAUUCCGAUGAAAAAACAUCAUUUUUAUAUCAUUUAAAUAGAUUGAGAAAUGCAUUAACAGUUGUCGAUUUACAUAAUUAUAUAGCCGUAUUUGGUCCAUGUCUAAGUUAUAAUAAAUUACCAUCUACUUGGAAUAUUUCUGUAUGUGAUUAUUUAAAGCAACAAUUAAAUAUUCUGCGAGCAGCAGAUUCACAACAAAAUUCAAAUAAUUAUAUGAACUAUUAUGAUUUACACAAUGAAUAUGAAGAAGCAAUAAUAAAUAAAAAACUAAACUAUGUUAAUAAUUCUAAUUUUGAUAAUAAUAAUAAUAAAUAUGGAAAUGGAGCAAAUGAUACUAAUGUAAAUAAUAAUUUUAAUUUAGCAAAUGUGAUGGGUUCAUCAAAAGAUAAUACAAAUUUAAGUAUUAAUGGUAAAGUUAUAAAUCAAAAUAAUUUCCAAAAUAGUGGAGGAAAUACGAAUAACUAUUGUGAUCAAAAUGAAAAUAUGGUAGACGAUUAUUAUGAUUGUCUUAUGCGAACAAAAUUACCAAAUGAAUCAGUUAAUAAUUUAAAAUAUAUGAUGAAUAGCAAACAAGACAAUCCUAAUAAUGCAGAUGUCGAUAAUGUUUUAUCCUAUUUAAAAAAGUAUGAACUAAAAUCAAAUAAAAAUAAUACUAAUAAAAAUGAUGAUGUUUCAAAAUAUAAUAAUAAAGAAUCUGAUUAUGAUUAUCAAGAAGAGUACUUAAAAGAUAAAAUGUUAUAUGAUUCAGAUAUGGAUGAAAAUAAUAUGAUGGAUCAAAAUUUUAUGGAUGGUACAUAUAAUAAUGGCGUUAAUGGAAGGGGGACUCGAGACUAUGAUAAUAAUGGAAAUAAUUUGAUCGGAAUGAAUAGUAAUAAUACCAAUAUAAAUAAUAAAAAUUAUAAUAUAAAACUUGAAAAAAUAAAAAAAAAUGAUACAAUGAAUAGUUGGAAUAAACCUAAUACUGAAGGCCAUCCUGAAUAUUUGCCAAGAAUUCCAGGUGUUCGAUUUAAUCCUAAAAAACAACAAUGGCUAGCUGCUUGGAAUGAUAAUACAAGAGAAAUAAGAAAAUAUUUUUCAGUUAAACAAUAUGGUUUUGAGCAAGCCAGAAUAUUAGCUGUUAAAGCUAGGCAAGAAGCAGAAAAGGCGGGUGCCAGAUGUAAGCCAAUGUUUCAUGUACAUGGUAGAAAAGCAAUUGAUGGAAUAUCUAAUGAAUUAAUAAAAGUUAGUCUUAUAAAUACUCAGAUGAGUAGUAAUGAAAUGGAUCCAAAUUAUAAUAACGGUGCCCCUAAUGGAAGUAAUAAUGCCAUCAUGGGAAAUAAUUGUAAUAUGAUUAUGGCAAAUAGUAAUAAUCUCGGAGCACUUCAAAAUGGUAUUAAUAAUAUGAAUAAUAUGGGAGGUGGAAAUAUGAACACAAUCAAUGGCAUGCCUAACAUUGGUGGAAUGAAUACCCUAAAUGGGAUAAAUCAAUUAAAUGGCAUGAAUAUGGGAAAUAUGAAUGGUGAAAAUAAUAAUGCAAUGUUGGGAAUGGCAUUGGUUACUGCGCCUAAUGAUAUAUUAACCAAAAAAGAUUUAUUAAAAAGUGAAACAAAUAAAGGAAUAAAAAGAGGUCGAGGUCGACCACCGAAAAGGAAACUAAGCGAAGACUCAAAUCUAUCAUUAGAUGAAAUAGAACAAAGUAUACGAAGAGGAUAUAUUACUGGUAAUAAUAAUGGAAGCUUCAAUGAUAAUGGAGAAUUGCUAGAAUGUAUGGAUCCAUAUGAUAAAGAUUGUACUAGACCUAUGAAAGGGGUUUCAUAUAAUGAUAGAAAAGGUUCGUGGCUAGCUUAUUGGUCAAUUGGUAAAAUUUUUCAAAUGCGGCGAUUUCCAAUUAAAAAGUUAGGUUUUGAAAAAGCUAAAGAAUUAGCUAUACAAUGUAGAUUGGAAGCUGAACAAGCUGGAGCAACAACAACUGAAAAUAGAAAUAAAAGAGGAAGAAAUUUAUUAAAUAAUAAUUCAAACAAUAAUUUAGAUUCAAUGUUAGAUAAUAGUUCAAUGUUAGAUCAUGAUGACAACAUGAAUGAUAAUACUAAUGGUGCCAAUAAAGGGAUGAAUAGAAAUAUGUUAUUACCACAUAUGCAUAAUUUUAAUAAUGGCCAAGGUUUAGGAAGUAAUGUAACUAAUUCUGGAGCAAAUCCUUAUCAACAUCAUGGAAUGCUUGGGGCUAUAGGAGGGGGUGUUCAUAAUAAAAUUCCACAUAGUGAUGGACAAGAUAGUGAAAAUGAUUUUUCCCCUACAAAAAGAACUAGAGCUCCAAGAGGCCGACGUAUGGAAAGUUUAACUGCAAGAGCUAAUGCAUUGACACCUGUUGAAGGGGUGAGAUUUGAUCCAUACUCAUAUUCAUGGUUUGCCAAAUAUUUAGAAAAUGAGAAUUCAAAAGAACCUAAAAUUUCAAAAUAUUUAUUAAAAAAAUGGGGAUUCAAUAAAGCACAUAGUUUAGCUGUGCAUACAGUUAAAUGCGCAUAUAAAGCUGUUCCUUUUACGGAUGAAGAAUUAUUAAACAUAUUUAAUAUUGAUGCAAAAAAUAUGAUGAAUAAUGGAAACAAUCAAAAUGGUAUGAUAAAUAUAAAUUUUAAGGAUAAUUUUGCUAACGGUGCUGUUGAAAAUAAUGCACCACAUUUUGCUUCAAAUAAUUUUGGAAAUAAUAAUUUGAUGAAUAAUAUGGUAAUGAUAAACGGGGCACUUGGUAAUAAUCCAAACAUGGAUAUGAAUAUGCAUGCAGGUAAUUCCGGAAAUAUUUCUAAUAUCACCAACAUAUCAAAUCCAAUUAAUAAUAAUUUUCCAGGAAAUAUCGGUGCAUUUAAAAAUUACACUACACCCGGUGUUGGAAAUAAUGGUAUGGUUGUAGUACCGCCAGGCAUGAAUAACCUUGCUGAAUUAAAUGCAAUAAAUGGAUUAGACCCGAAUGGAGUUAUUAAUGCACCCAAUGAUAAUAAAAUAAUGGAUCCAUCAAAUAUAAAUGGAAAAGAUGCUAAUUUAGAAAAUGAUAAUACCGGAAUGGAUGGGAGGAAUAUUGGAAACUCAAUGAAUAAUAAUAUAAAUCAAGUUAACAAAAUUAAUGGCUAUAAUUUUAAUAAUUUACAUACAGGGGGAAUAGGAAACAUUAUUCCAAAUAAUAAUAAUGUUAAUGGCCACAGUGAUAAUAUAAAUAAUUAUGCACAAAAUAUAGAUGGGCAUAAUAUAUCUGGAGAAAAAAUGAAUUCGGUAACCAAUUUUUUGAUUGAUGAUAAUAAAAAUAGCUUAGAGCAUGGGGGAAUAAAUCAUGUUGCAAAUAAUAAUAAUAGCAAUAAUAAUUAUAAUUCUGGAAAUGUAAUAAAUUCUGAAUUUUUAGAUUCUAUAAAUAGAAAAAAUAACUCCAAUACAAAUAAUAAUUACAUGACUCCUAAUGAUGGCAUUCGAAAUAGCAAAGAUACAAACAAUGAAAACGAUAAAAUAAAUAACAAUUUAAAUAAUGGAAUAAAUUAUGUUCCAAAUAAUAAUAAUUCUGUAUAUGGUCAGAUGGAUAAUGAACUGACAAGCCAUAAUAUGAAUACAAUAUCCCCAAGCAAUAUGACGAAUGAUAUGAACAGAAAUGUGUUAAAUCAGACAUAUGGAAUCCAAAACAAUAGUAAUAGUCAUGGAAAUAUGAAAUCAGAUAUGAUAAAUAAUUUAAUGGAUUAUAUAAAUAACAAUGACAAUAAUACAAAUAUUACUGAAUUACAAACACGAACUAAUAAUGUAAUUAGAGAUCGCACUAACAUUACUAAUAAUACUGAUGUGGGAAAUAAUAUGGAAGGUGAAAAUAAUAAUACAAAUAAUUCAUAUGAUCAGAAUGGAGGUAGGAAUUUUAAUGGAUAUGGAAAUGAAGAUGGUAAUGGAAAUAUAAAUGAUCCAUCAAUAUAUUAUAUGAAUUCAAAAUCAGAAAUAAAAACAGAGUAG